AAAUACGGGGGCGACGAAAGUCGGACGACAGAGAGGGAUGGUAGAAUGGGUGGUGGUUUGGCCGACAGAGCGACGCCAGGCGUCGUUCGAACAGACUGUACGUCGUUCUCCUCAUCCUCAUCUUCAUCCUCCUCAUCCUCCUCCUCAUCCUCAUCAUUCUCAUCACCCUCAUCCUUAUUUUGUCUUCAUCUUGUCCUCAUGGUGUUCUCAUCGUUUUCGUUGUUUUCGUACGGCAUAAAUGCUAGCUGAUUCGUUUAAUUUCGAAACAUAGUUUAAAACAUAGAUAAUAUUUUGAUUGCGCUUGGUUUUCGUUGAAUUCCGCGCGACGUCUCCGUCGUCGUCGACGAUUGGCGGUAGUCGGUUCGAACGCGUUGCUUUUCGUGGCGUCGCAGGCGCAGAAUAGGAAGCUUGCGCGUACGCGCCGAAUCAAUAAGAACGGAAACCAGUACAGGUGGGUCGUCGUCGUCGUCGUCGUCGCCGUCGUUAUCAUCAUCGUCGUCGUCGUCGUCGUCGUCGUCGUCGGCGUCGUCGUCGUCGUCAUCAUCAUCAUCAUUAUCAUCAUCAUCGUCCUCGUCGUCAUCGUCGUCGUCGUCGUUGUCGUUGUUGUCGUCGUCGUCGCCGUCGCCGUCUUUGUCGUCGUCGUUGUCGUCGUCGUCUUCGUUGUUUUUGUCUUUGUCGUCGUCUUCGUUGUUUUUGGUUGUCUUCAUCGUCCUCGUUGUCCUCAUCGUUUUUGUCGUCGUUGUUGGCGUCGUCGAGGACGGUGCGCGUUUUUGGUCCCGCUACUACCGUCGAGGCGCGCGUAUCGAGAAACGCCAAGAAGAAGGAGAGGGAAAGAAAGAGAGAGAGAGAGAGAGAGAGGGUGGGAGGGAGGGAGAGAGAGAGAGAGAGAAUAGUAGUAGUAGUAAGCAAGCACAGUGAGAAACGACCGGAAGGACGCGUCUUUUCGCGCGCGCGUGCGACCAAUUUAAAGAGAGAGAGAGAGAGAGAGAGAGAGAGAGAGAGAGAGAGAGAGAGAGAGAGAGAGAGAGAGAGACAGAGAGUGAAAGAGAGAAGUGAGAGAAGAGAAGAAAAAAUUUAGAAAGAGAAAAGAAAAGCAAAGUUCUUCUGUUUUUCACAAGGUUUUUCCUCUCUUCAUUGUUCGGCCCAGCUUAUAUCGCGCGUUCUAAAUAUUGUGUGCGGUCGUGUCGUCUCUACAUUCUGUGUAUUACUUCGAAGAGAGAUCGUUGAACAUAUUCGACUAAGAACAACGCGCGAGUAGGGACAUACUUACCACGUAUACGGAAAGAGAGACAGAGAGAGUGAGAGAGAGAGAGAGAGAGAGAAUGAGAGAGAGAGAGAGAGAGAGAGAGAGAGAGAGAGAGUGAGAGAGAGUGAGAGAGAGUGAGAGGUAAUGUCUCGCCCGGCGAAGCAUCCGCAACGAUCCAGACCGAUGGACGCACCCCGAGACUCGCGUGGCCAGUGUCGAUAGUGCGCUCUUUUACACGUACAUACAACACUUAUAGCACUUAUUUACUAUUCUCCCGCGAUUUUACAUACGUAUCUACCUACGUACGUACGUAGGUACGUUCGUCCGUCUUUCUCGUCGUCUUUGUCAUCGUCGUCGUCGUCGUCGUCGUCGUCGUUGCCGCCGCCGUCAUCGUUGCCGCCGCCGUCGUCGUCCUCGUCGCCGCCGUCGUCGUCGUCGUCGUCGUCGUCGUCGUCGUCGUCGUCGUCGUCGUCGUCGCCGUCGCCGUCGUCAGCAGAGCUACAUCGAUUUCUCUUUCUCUCAUGAGCUCUCUUUUUCCCCGUUUCGCUCAAGGUGAUAAGCUACGACGAUAUUCAUGACGCACGUACGUACUCACGAAUAAAAUAAGAAGAAAAAAAAAGUUUUAAUAACGAGGAUAAAAAUCAUUACGGCUUGUACGCCAUACCUGGAAUAUUCAUUUCGAAGAGGACAAGUGUGAAACGUUGUAACAUUAUUAAACGUGAAUUAUUGUAUAAGUUUACGCGGAGAUAAAAAUCAAUAAUAAUAAUAAUAAUAAUAAUAAUUCGGUGGGGACGAGGGAUAAGGGGUCAUAAUAGUGUUACGUUAAGAACGACAACACAACACGGACAUGGACUCGUCGCCGAGCGUUCUCGGUCUCGUCCUCGUCAGCCCUUUGUGUUCCUUCGGACAAUUAUCGUCCGUCCAAUUUUUCGCAUCGCGGAUCGUCGAACUCACGGAAUCGUGCUUUUUAAUCGGAUAGUGCGAGUUUAUCACCAUCAUCAUUUAUUGUUCGUCGAUAAUUUCAACUACGUCUUCGUCGAAAACGAACGUCGAACGAAGUAUAAUACGGAAUAUAUCCAAGAUCAUAGAUCGUAAACGAUCGUUCUUUCUCUAUUUUUUAAAAGAGAGAAACAUAUAUACGUAAAGUAAGAAAUAGAGAGAGAGAGACAGAGAGAGAGAGAGAGAGAAAGGGAGAGUGUGAUCAAAGAUAAACGAAUAAAAAAAGAAAACAAAUCACAAUCAAAAGAAACUACAACAACAAAAAGUGUUCGUUCACGAAAUGGAUGCUUUGAGAGCGCGAGUGAUAUGGACAUUUUGGGGUAAUGAUAACGUUACGUCGUUCGACUGAACGCUAAAAAGAGAAGCUUGUGUUCGCAAGAAAGAAAGAAAGAAGGAAAGAAGGAAGGAAGGAAAGAAAAACCGAAAAAAGAAAGGAAGACCGAAGAAAAGAGAGAGAGAGAGAGGGAGAGAGAGAGAGAGAGAGAGAGAGAGAGAGAGAGAGAGAGAAAAUGCAAUUGUCCUUUCGAUGAAAGAGAAGAGAGAAAAGAAAACAGAACGUUUCUCCUCGUUCGAUCUCGUCCAAUAAGAUUUGUGAUUGACCGAAAGUACGCGUGUUCCCUCGUCUCGAUUCUCCCUCCCUCCCUCCUUAUCCACCCACCACCCCCACUCCCUCGUCGCUCUCUCUGGAUCACUCUCUCUCUCUCUCUCACUCUCUAUCUCUCUCUAUCUCUCAGCACUCACUCGUUCGCUCGUUCGCUCGUUCACCAUCUAGCUAGCAAGAAAAAAAAGGAAGAGUUUGUUCGUUAUCUUUCGAGAUAUGAGAGUAAAAGAAGAUGAUAUACGAUCGGGGUACAAGUUGCGCAUCGAUCGAAGAUUAUUAUUUUAGUAUUAGAUCGUGCCAAACGUAUAUACACGUAUACACAUAUAUCGUAUGCAUUUACAUUGGAAAGAUUCGAUGGUAACGAGUUUACAAAUUUCUUUUUUCUUCUUUUCUUAUUAUUUAAAUAAUUGAGAAUAACGGAAAGGAAAAGCAAAAGUAAAAAGGACAAAAAAGAAAAAGAGGACGAAAUUAAUCGUCGUAAGGAGAAUAUCCGUGAUUGGUCGUAUCAAAUCGCGUUAAAAUUUUGUUUUCAAUUUGUUAGUAAGGAUCUUUGCGAAACGUUGUCAAUCCCGUUAUCAAUUUCAUCCCUUUUUUCUCUAGUUCGAUCUUACGGACUCUCUUGUUCUCUUAUCUUCUGUUUUCGUUGUCUCUUUUCGUCUCGUUCGUUGUCUCGUCUCUUGCAAAUUUAAUCAUACAACCACCCAUCCACUCGACUACCCACUCUCUCAUCCCAUCUCACCCUCCUCUAUCCACUUGCCUCCCACCCUCGAUGUAACGAACGCCCACUUCCCCCCCUUUUUUUGCUAUCUUGUUAUUUCGUCAAGAUUCGUGAGAGGGUGGAAAGAGUGGGCGAGAGUACGAGAGAGUGAGAGUGACAGGGAGAGAGAGAGAGAGAGAGAGAGAGAGAGAAAGAGAGAGAGAGAGGAAGAAAAGAGAGGUCGCACGAUCCUACUUGCUUCUCUCGUAACCGUUCUUGCGCAUUGCGCAAUAUUUCCGUUAAAGCAGCGCGAUAAAGGAAGAGGAAGGAAGAGUAAUAGGGGUGGGUACGGAGCAUAUGUGGGACGGAGAAGAGAGAGGAAGACGCACAUUCGACAACAAAAAUUUUUAAAAAAGAAAUACAAAGAGAUAGAGAAAGAGAGGGAGAGAGAAAGAGAAGUAAAGGGAUAAAAAUAAAAAGAUUAAAAAAAAAAGAAAGAGAGAAGGAAAAAAAGAUAAAAGAAAAGAGACGUAUGAUUAUUUAUAAAUUAUAAGGAGGGAGGGUAACAAACUCAAGAAAAUAAUUGUGACGUUCAGACUGACAUCCAGAAAGUUACUUUUUUCCCAACUGAGACUGUCGUCGUGUUCCAUCCAUUAACUUUAUUACUAAUUACUGCUAAAUUGCGAAUCAAUCGAAUACGAGACCCUCGUCUAUCGAGAACGUUUAAAAAGAAGUUUCAAGAAGAAUACAAAGAAAAAAAGAAAAAGAAAAAAAAUAAAAGAAGGCAGAAGGAAAAAAAAUUCAAGAAAGAAAAUAAAAAUAAAAGAAGAAGAAGAAGAAGUAGUAGAGAAGAAAGAAAGAAAGGAAGAAAAAGUGGAAGAUUAAGUUUAAGUCAACGACCCUUUUAACAUUUUAUACCGAUAUUUUAUGAAGCGAAUGAACGAAGAGAUACGUAUAAUCGAUUGAGAAAGAACUUUUUCAAGGUUCGUUUCUAAAUUAAAACGUGGAAACGAACGAGAGAAAAGAAAGGAAAUAAAGUUCGUAGAAGAGCCGGCACCGUGUGAUUUUUACGAAAUUUAAAAUUCUACGUUAACGACUAAGCACAAGUAAGAAAAUUUGCUUAUAUUAUUGCAAAUAAGUGUAAUGUUUAACGUUUAAUAUUCAUCAUUUAUCGAUAAUAUCGUUUUGCGAUAGCCACAGCGGAGAAAUAUUAACGGCACGCCACAAGAAAAAACAAUUUAAAAGGAAAAAGACAAAAAAAGAAAAAGACAAAAAAAGAAAGAAAAGAUAAGAAAAAAACUGAGCAAAAAAAAAUAAUAAUAAUAAAUAAUAAUAAUUUAAGGAAGAAAAUCGCGAAGUAAAACGGAUUACGCACACGUUUGAUAAAUGUAAUCAUUUGCACAAUUAGAGAAGCACAAAGAGAGAGAAAGAUAGAAAGAGAUAGAAAGAGAAAGAACAAAAGGCGAAUAUAAAAAUCGUAGGAACGACGCCGUCGAUGAUUGUUUAAAAAUAUUAAACGAAAAAAAAAAGAACAAAAAGAGAAUAUAUAAGAAAAACACCAGUUGCAAUUAUUCGACGAGAAAUUUACCCAACUGUCUUUCAAAAUCGUCGCAACGCUCGAUUUAGAUUUAUUAAUAAAUCGAAGUGAUAUAAUCGAUUUUAAUCGGUACGCUUAAGGGGCGUAAUCGUAACGAGAAAGUAAAGGAAACGAAGAGAAAAGAAGAAAAUCUAGAAUAAAUAAAUCAAUAAAUAAAUAAGUAAAUAAAUAAACAAGUAAAAAAUAAACGGAUAAAUAAAUCGGUGAUCAAGGAAUUCCGCCAAAAUUCAGCUCUUCAAGGAAAAACUGUCCAAGUCCCAGCCUCCGGGAUCUUCGUCGAGAGAGGAGCAAAUAGCUCUGAGGUUGGUAAAAGGUCAAUUCGACGUGACUGAAAGAACGACGAAUCGGCUACCGCCUCCUGUGAUAAUAAGAAGGAAGCAUAUACCGCUGAAGUCGGGUAAGCAACAGAGCUCGAGUAUUCCGGAUUCGAGUAUUUCAGACGAGGGUCCUCAACACGUUGGACCGGAUUCGAGCGACACCUCCGAACAGACUCGAGAUCGUCCCAAGCUGCGAGAUAGAUCUCGAGGAGGAGGAGGAGGAGGAGGACGAGGAGGAGGAGGAGGACGAGGAGGAGGAGGACGAGAACGAGAAAGAGGAGGAGGAAAAGGUGGAGAAGGUGGAGGUGGUGGAGGUGGUGGAGGAGGUGGAGGACGCGGAGGUGUCGUUGGAAGUGGCCGAGGUGGAAUUGGAGCUGGAGGUGAAAGCAAACGAGAAAGAAAUUUCCCGCAGGAUAGAUUGGAACAGCCACGAAAGAGAACUCUGGUGUCAAAAUCAGCAUCGACGAACGGCAACGCGAGAUUAUUUAGCGGCGAUACCGCAACGAUUUCUACAAGUUCGUCGUCGUACGAAAGAGACAUUCAAAGUUUUCUAAGCCGUCCUAGCGAGAGUAGCACGUCCUCGGACGUGAUUCGGAAGGAAUCGAACGUCUUAUCGAGUUCGGUAAAGGACUCGACGACGAACCACGGAAUAAUCGGGGUUGGUGUCGGUAGAGUUAGCGAUAGUACGUCCUCGGAUCUUCAGGAAGAAAGCGAAUUGUCUUCCGAGGAAAGGGACGCUUUGAUCGAGGGAACGAGAACGAGUUUGAGCGUGCGUCGGAACAGAACUACAACAGGUAGGAUCGGUAGUAAAUUCGGUGCACGAAGAAGAGUCGUUGGUAGUUCUAUGUCGAGUACUUCUUCGACGUCCUUUCAACAAAAUCGUCAACAUUCGUCGGUAGUAGUCGGUAAAAGUGGUUCUACGACUUCGGCAACAACCGCGGCAGCGGCGGCAGCUGCGGCUACUUGCUCGAUAUUGAAAUCGGCAACGGCUGUCGUUGAAAUUCUUGAAAACGAUCGUAACGAGUUAAGGGACAUAUUUCCCGGUGAACAAGAAGCCACGUCUGCUCCCACGACUUUGUCGCUCGGUAGAAAAUUAUCUUCUUGGACGAAGGAAGGUAAAGAACUUUUGGUGAAGUCGGUGUCAUCGGCAAACACGCUCGCCCCAACGACGAUGACCUGUAUUAAGUCCCCUCGAGCGAUGUCGGAGCAUCUCUUGGGGCAACUCGAGGUACCGGUCGCACCUACGGUCUUGGGUGCCCUACGCGUUAAAGGUGGAUCUCUUAGAGAGGCCGAAAGAACCGACAAAAUGACCGACGUACCGCGUCAAAGAUGGAGCAGCGUAAGAGUCAAGGGUGGUAGCACCAAGAGUCUUUUACUGGAGAACGGAGGACCUCAGCCACCACCGCUUAAGGGUGCACUUAGAAAAGAGGUGUUGUCCCUCGGCGCGGACGUCCUUCCCGAGUACAAACUACAAUCGCCUCGAAUCCACAAGUGGACCAUAUUACAUUACUCGCCCUUCAAAGCGGUCUGGGAUUGGGUGAUACUACUUCUCGUAAUGUAUACAGCCAUAUUCACGCCAUACGUCGCCGCCUUCGUGCUGUCCGAGCCGGAUUAUAACAGCAAGAAGAACAAGAAAUACGGUGACGACCCGAUCGUCAUCAUAGACUUUAUAGUCGACGUCACAUUCAUCGUGGACAUCAUCAUAAAUUUUCGCACGACUUUCGUCAACAGUAACGAUGAAGUGGUGUCGCAUCCUGGAAAGAUAGCCGUCCAUUACUUGAAGGGUUGGUUCAUCAUCGACUUGGUGGCCGCAAUACCCUUCGACCUUCUACUCGUUGGCUCUGAUACGGACGAGCUCGGCUUGGACAAGGACGAGACGACGACCUUGAUCGGACUUCUCAAGACCGCACGUCUUCUACGCUUGGUUAGGGUGGCCAGAAAAAUCGACAGAUACAGCGAAUACGGAGCCGCGGUUUUGCUCCUUUUAAUGGCCAGUUUCGCACUCAUUGCACAUUGGAUGGCCUGUAUAUGGUAUGCCAUAGGAAAUGCGGAAAGGCCGACUCUGAAGAGUAAAGUCGGUUGGUUGGAUAUUCUAGCCAACGAUACUCAUCAAUUUUAUUUUCACAACAAUACAGGUGGACCGAGUAUAAAGAGUCGUUAUAUAACAGCACUCUACUUCACAUUCAGCAGUUUAACGUCCGUCGGUUUUGGUAACGUUGCACCCAACACGGACGCUGAAAAGAUAUUUACUAUUAUCGUUAUGCUGAUAGGAUCACUAAUGUACGCCAGUAUCUUUGGAAACGUAUCGGCGAUCAUACAAAGAUUGUACAGUGGUACAGCAAGAUAUCAUACGCAAAUGCUCAGGGUUAGAGAGUUCAUAAGAUUCCAUCAAAUACCAAAUCCACUUCGACAACGUUUGGAAGAAUAUUUUCAACAUGCCUGGACGUAUACCAACGGGAUAGAUAUGAACAGUGUACUCAAAGGAUUCCCCGAGUGCCUUCAGGCUGACAUUUGUCUUCAUCUCAAUAGAAAUUUAUUAAACAAUUGUAGAGCUUUCGAGGGAGCUAGUCCAGGUUGUUUAAGAGCAUUAUCUUUAAAAUUCAAAACGACGCAUGCACCACCCGGGGACACAUUGGUCCAUCGCGGAGACGUCUUGACGUCCCUUUACUUUAUAUCACGUGGAAGUAUAGAAAUUUUAAAGGACGACAUCGUAAUGGCCAUACUCGGGAAGGACGACAUAUUUGGUGAAAAUCCUUGUAUUUAUCCAACAGUUGGGAAGUCCUCGUGCAACGUUCGUGCUUUGACCUAUUGCGAUCUUCAUAAGAUACACAGAGACGAUUUACUCGACGUUUUGGCACUUUAUCCUGAAUUUUCAAAUCACUUCAGUCAAAAUCUAGAGAUUACGUUUAAUAUGCGAGAUGAAGAACAGGCCGGUGUAGAUCCAAUGUCAGCAAGGUUUCCUGUCAGUACUCCAACCGACGUCGACGUCGACGCCAGGAGAUUCGCCUUCCGUCCACCAAGAUACCGUCGAGGACCUGGAGGAGGUCCUGGCACCAAUCUUAUCCCUACCGGUCGACAAGAUUCCUUGCAGGACGAUCAAGAAGACUACGACAAAAGUAGCGGCCACGGUAUUCUCGAAUUUAGUACCGACAAAGCUGGCCAAGAUGUGACGCCAUUAAAUUUGGAAUUCGAUGAACCGAAGCAAAGGAGUUCAACUUUGAACUCCAUUACCGGCAUGCUAACCCAUCUCAAGCGCAGUAUUCCGGACCUACGUCAGCACAAGAUUCAUCUGCAGCCUCUAACGAGUCAUGAUUACCUCGCCAAACAGAUGACAACGCCGUUGACUAAACAAACACGUAGAAGUUCUGCCACUGGUGAAAGCUGCCUCAGUCAAAACGCUAUACACCCAACGUCGACUACAUCCAGUCAUUAUACGACUCCCUCGCCACCUCAACAUCCUCAUUCUCAUGGCGACUUUCAAAGUGGACCUGGACGACCUAUAGAAGAAAUAAAUGCUAGGAUAGAUCAAUUGUCGAAACAAGUGACGUCAUUGGAACACUCGAUGACGGGUGACAUAAGAUUGAUACUUACGUUGCUCCAACAGACUCUUAAUUCCUCAAGGGAGAGUUCUAGCAUCGAAAUGAUGCCUGGAACUGCACCAGCAGGUUCGGCUAGGCAAACCGGUAGAGCACCCGCACUCGUUCAAAGAUCAGCCAGCGAGCCCCAACCACCAACAACUCCAGCCAUUUCGAAUAAUGGAAACGGAAAGAUCCAACCUAGCACGUCUCAUGGAUUAUUUAGCUUUCUUUCGAAAUCCCUGGAUCAGUUGCAUUUGAUUUCGGCGUCUUUUAUUUUGGAAAAAUUGGACAAGUUCCGAAGUUCUAGCGUUUCACGAAGGAUUUCGACUUUUUGGAUUUGGAGAAACAAGCAACGUAUCUUAAAAACUGCCGAUGGUGUAGGAGACUUUCGACACGGAAAACUUGUUAGACCACCAACAAGGGAACCAAUGUCGACAUCAUCGGGAACAUCGAGACUUACAAUGACGUCGGAUACGUCGGCGUUGGCGACGGCCCUGCAGGCAGCAUUGAACGGAAGAGCGGCACCAACGAGAUCACAGAGUCAGCCGGUAGACUUGGCAGUACCUACGACCACCCAACAGGCUCAUCAGCCACACGCUUGGCACAGCCAGCCUGCGGCAUUUAGAAGAGGAGAGUUUAGGAGCGGGUAUGUGUGCAUUAGGUACAGCUCGUUCAACAAACGAUCCGAGCCGGAAGGCGAGGAUCCUUGGACUUGCGUUGUUUCGGUACAAGAACCAAGAGGAGGAAGUUCGCAGAGACCUCGUAGCGGUGAUUCACGUAAGGAUUCAUCCUCGAAUCAUCGUUGUCCGAACGAUCAACAACAAAGGGGAACGGAAAAUGGUGUUAGACAUGUAAUAGCGACAUUACCAGGAGCAACGACGACAACGACGCCGACGAUGACGACGACGACGACGGCAGUAGGAUUAAGCGGUGUUGGUUUAGGUCAACAACAAUCGACCGCUGGAAGUGGAGGAGGUACGAAUGGUAAUGGACAAGAUGGCGUCGUCGUCCAAUCGGCGGGUCAACGUCAAGAAUCGUCGAGACAAACUAGCGAAGAUAUAUCGUGGGAAUUCACGAUAAACGAGGCACCAAUAGCAAGACUGGAAUCGUUGGACGAGCUCGAUCAAGAUCAUGGUAGUUAAGGCAAAAAUCUUAUAAAAGGAGUUAUGAAUUCGGACCACAGAGACGACGACGACGACGACGUGCUGUUAUGGAUCUGAAGCUGUUUGAGCUUCUAACUCGCUACAACCAAAGAGAGAUGAAUAGACAGAGAGAUAGAGAGAGAGAGAGAGAGAGAAAUAGAUAGAUAGAUAGAUAGAUAGAGAAAGAGAGAGAGAGGAAGAGAGAAUCGCGUUCCCUUAACUCGAAACUCGCUUUUGCUUUUUUCUCACAGAAAACGAAUUUUUACGAUUUUUUUUUUUUAUCUUUUCUAGAGAGAUAUGUCAUUUAUUUCUGUAAAGUUCCAAAAUGGCUUCUGCUCCGUUCUUUUCUUUUUUUUUUCUCUCUCUCUUUUUCUUCAUAUUUUCUUUUCCUCCUUUCUUUCUUCCUUUUCUUCUUUCUUUUUCUUUCUUGCUUUCUUUUUCCUUCUCCCGCUUCUAAUCUUGUCUCUAAUCUCAUGGAAAUUCUCUCUAACCUUCUCUUUCCUACUUUGGAUAUAAUCCAAGUCGAUCAUCUUAAUAGAGAAGAAUCUCUCUUGAUGCUUUUCGCCAUAUCACGAUCACACGUUACAAUGCCAAGAUUAACAAUUCAAAUAAUUAGUAUAUACGUUAUACAAAUGUAUGUAUUAAUGUAUGUGAGAGAGAGAGAGAGAGAGAGAGAGAGAGAGAGAAAGGAAGAAGAGAAACGAAUAUGAAAAAAAAUGUACAUGUAAACGGCACGUCCUUCGAACGAAGUACAUAAAGAAUACUGUUAAUAAAUGUACUUACAUACAUAUGUAAGUACCUACUUAUUUACUUACUUACUUACUUACUUACUUACUUACUUACUUACUUACUUACUUACGUACUUACAGUACGCAAAAGUUAGUCGAACGAAAUUGUUUUCGAAAUCUCUUAUAAAGACGAAAGAGAGAUAGAGGAAGAAAAAGACACAGAGAUAUUCGAUCUGGCGUAGAACACAUUGAAAUUUCUUUCGAAGGAUUUCUAAGCGUUUCAAAACCUUCGGAUAACUUCUAUAUCUUCAGCAAAGUUUUUUAUUAUAUAAAGCGACACAGCUGCCGAGACGGACACCUAAAUCGAACGAGCGACGUUUUUAUUCUGUCACUACGAACGAUUUAUCCGUGUAGUAACUACACGUCGAACACACACACGUACACGUACAGGAAUACAUACAGGUAUAUAUAUAUAUAUAUAUAUAUAUAUAAUAUAUGUAUAUAUACACAUAUAUAUACAUAUAUGUAUAUAUACACAGAUAUACAUUACACACAAACACUAACAGACGUAUACGCUAUACACGCUUGAAAUACCAAAAGAAUAUUUCAAAGGAAAAAGAAAGAAAGAAAAAAAAACUAAUAAAAAUAAAAAUAAAAAAUAAUAAUAAAAAUAAAAAUAAUAAUAAUAAUAAUGAUAAUGAUAAUGAUAAAAAUAAUAUUAAUAUUAAUAAUAAUAAUAAUAAUUAUAAUAAUAAUAAUUAUAAUAAUUAUAAUAAUAAUUAUAAUAAUAAUGAUAAUAAUAAUAAUACAAGAGAAACCAAAUGAAACGCAGAAUACGAAGAAGAGACAAGUGAAGAAAGAGAAAGAAAAUGAAGAAAUAAAAGAAGAGGAAGAUACGUGUGCGCCAUGAUAAAGAAAAAUGAAAGUAUACAAUAUAUGUAAUAUCCUGCGAGAAGAAUGAGAAACAAGAAAAAGAAAAGAAAAAGACAAGAGAUGGUAGUGAUGGCGGUGAAGAAGGAGAAGCAAGAGAAAGAGGAGAAAGAAGGCGUGGAGGGAAACAAGUAUUGGACAUAGUCUUUCACCCCCCCCCCCCCAAAAAAAAAGCGCGUAGUUAAUGAGGAUAUAAAAGAUAUCACGAGAUAAAUAAAAAAAGAAACAAAACCAAAAAUUAAAUAAACGAAUAGAUAAAAUAAAUAAAUAAAGAAAGAAAUGAAUGAAUGGAUGAAUAAAUAAAUAAAUAAAUAAACAAAUAAAUGAAUAAACAAACAGAAAAAAGCGUAAAGUUACGACGACUGAUGAUGAGUGCAUCUUCUUUUUGUAACGCUUAUAGGCGAGGUCAUGGAAGCAUGCGCGGCUGCUUCGCAAUAUAUUAUUAAAAAAAUGUCGAUGAAAAUAAAUAUCAUAUAAUGUAAUAAAAUUAUUAGAGAGAGAGAGAGAGAGAGAGAGAGAGAGAGAGAGAGAGAGAGAGAGAGAGAGAGAGAGAGAGAGAGAGAGAGAGAGAGAGAGAGAGAAUGCAUUGCCGAAUAAAUGGUGAUUUGUAUGGUGAUAGGCGAUGAUGAUAGGGGGUGGGUGAGAAAUAAAGAUAAAAUUAGAUACCAGAACGAUCUGAAGUAUAAUACUUACUUACUUAUCGCACGACACAGGCAUUCUUUGUUGGUUACGAAUCGAACGAGACGGUAAUGGUUCUCUGUAAGAAAUUCAUUCGAAAGUUGGAAAGAGAGAGAGAGAGAGAGAUAGCGAGAGAGAGAGAGAGAGAGAGAGAGAAAGAGAAAGAGAAUAUAUAAAAUAGCGAAUGAAAAAGAGGAUUAAAAAGAUGAUAACAAAAGAAAAAGAAAAGUAAAAAGAUAAGAAAAGAAUGAGAAGAAAAAAAGUGGAGAUUACUUAUAAUAUUCUUAAUAUUAUAGUUAAUAAUUAUUCUUAUAUUUAUAUCACGACGUUAUUAUUAUUAUGAUAACAAUAAUAAUGAUGAUAAUGAUAAUGAUGAUGAUGAUUACUAUUAUUAUUGCUGUCAUUAUUCGAAUUAUAAUUACAACAUUGUUUUUAUUAUCUCGUAAACAAAAAAUGGCGAAGAGGAAGAAGAAGAAGAAAAGGGAGGAAAGAACAAGUAUGAUGAUCAUUGAAAUUAUGCAUAUACAUAUGCAUACGUAUGUAUAUAUUAUCUUGCAAGGUUUAUUUAGGGAGGAAGCGAAGAAAUUAUCAUGGACGAUGUUUAUGUGAUAUUAAAAUGUAUGUACAUAUAUAUAUAUAUAUAUAUAUAUAUAUAUAUAUAUAUAUAUACAUAUGUAUAUUCGUGUAAGAUGAAGCAGAGAUACAUAAAUAUUGGUAUACAUACAUAUAUACAUAUUUGUAUGUAUAUUUGUAUGUAUGUCUAUGCUUUUUUAAUCACAAGUAUGUAUCGCCAUAUCUCUACAAUUAUCUCUGCUACCACUCUUUUACAAAGUUGAGCGUAUAUGUAUGUAUAUACUCGUAUACAUAUAUACAUAUAUACAUAUACAUAUAUACAUAUACAUAUAUAUAUGUAUGUAUAUAUAUGUAUAUUGGUUAUUUUCUUCCUCUCUUUUCGUUCUCAUCCUCUCGAUAUUAUUAUUUUAUAAUUUCGAUCGUCACGAUUCACGUAUCCAUGCUCGUAUCGAGCACGGAUCGUGAUGAUCUGUGAUCGAUAAUCGAUAGAUCUUGAGAGAAAAGAAAAGAAAGGAAUUGAAAAGUAAAGUAGAUAAGAAUCUGGAAACAAGGAUAAAUGAAGAUAGUUAAAAAGAAGAACCGCCGUCCCAUUCGUUCUUUGCUCGUUGUCAGUAUUUUCGACCAAAACUUGUAAACCAACUACCGACAUUAUUCAAUAUAUGUAAACAAACGAUAUCGUAAAUGACUCGUAUAGUUUGUUACUUUGUAAAUCAAGACGAAAAAGAAGAAAAAGAUUCAAUGGAAGAAGACGAAGAAGAAGAGAAAGAAGAAGAAAAGCAGGCCGACAUUGCAGGCACUUUAUGAGAAAACGAACAAGCAGCUUUUAAUUACAUACAAAGAUAGUGAAUCCUUAAUUAUUCUACCGUAGUAGUACGCAGCACACGUGGAUUUUCGCACUUAGAUAUACGGCGAAAGAACCGUUUAAAUGAGAGAAAGAGAGAGAGAGAGAGAGAGAGAGAGAGAGAGAGAGAGAGAGAGAGAGAGAGAGAGAGAGAGACGACGACGAGAGAAGAGGUCAAGCGUAAACAAAAAUAAAGAAAGAAUGGAAAAAGACAAGAAAGAACGUUUUUACUGACCGAACAACGGUUAAAAAAGUCCAGGAAAUGAGGGAAGGGAAAGAUAAGAGAGAUAGAUAUAUAGAUAGAUCGAUAGAGAGAGAAAGAGAGAGAGAGAGAGAGAGUCAGUUCCUUCGAAAAAAAAAAUAAUAAAAAGAAAAAAAAAAGAAAAAGAAAAGAAAUAUAUUUGUCUCUUCGCGUUUUUCCUCAAAAAAUUUUUCUGCGAUACGUUCACCUAUAGCUUUCGGAUACCUAAUCUAUCUAACCUUUUUCCUUCCACAUUUCUGGUAUGUAAUUUGCUAUGCUUUUGAAAGUAUUUACGCGAAUGGAUAUGCGUAUAUCGUAAGGAUGAAAGAAAAAAAACAUAAUAAUAAAAGAUGAAAAAAAAAAAUAAAAAACGAAAAAACAAAAAACAAAAAAGAAGAAGAAAGUAUCGAAAGGAAUGACUGCGAAUGAAUAUUUUUGAAUAUAAGUGAGUUUGAAAUUGGAUUGUUAAUAAAAACAAAGAGAGAGAGAGAGAGAGAGAGAGAGAGAGAGAGAGAGAGAGAGAGAGAGAGAGAGAGAGAGAGUUCGUACGCACUUUUUCGUCAGUUGCAAAUAUUAGGAAUAAAUUGAAGCGGGUUUGUUUUUCCUACUUUGUUUUUGUUUUUAUUUAUUUAUUUAUUUAUUUAUUUAUUCUGUCGAUGUCCAAUCGAAAUAGCAACGCGUGUAUUUAAUGUUAACUUUAAUUGACGUUAACCCUUUUAUGCAUAAUUUAUUUUUUUAGAAAUUUUUAGAAAAAUAAAAACUAAAAAGAAAAAGAUCUAAUUAGCUGUUAAGUAAAUAAUAUUAAUGCAAAAGCGAUUGAAUAAAUUUGUUACGUGAUUUUACUUUACUCGCAAAACCUUAUGAAUGAAUUAUUCUUGCGUACUUAUAAGUGCACACGCAAACACACAUAAUAUAUAUACAUAUAUAUAUACAUAUGUAUAUUUAAAUUUAUUAAUAUCUUGUAUUAUUAUCGAUAAACAUCAUGUGUGCAUUUAAGGGUUAAAUAUUUUAAAAAGGAUAUUAAUGGUAUCGAAAAAAGUAAAAUGAAAGAUCGUUUAUCGAUUUUAAAACGCGAUUGGACGAUACUCUAAGUAGAUGUAAAGAAGAAUCGACGAAUGAUACGGCGUUAGAGAGUUAAUCAAUCACAGAGGCUCGUAUUAAACAGUGUGUAUCGACAGAGAGAUUAUAUAUAUAUAUAUAUAUAUAUAUAUAUAUAUAUAUAUAUAUAUAUACACAUAUAUUGCUCGAUAGAACGAGACCGAUACUCUCGUCCUCUUUUUCAGCUCGGUAGAGUUUAUUUUAGAAAGCGCGCUAUUUAAGGUUUAUCAUUUCGCGAACAUAUUUUUAUAUAUAUACAUACAUAUAUAUAUAUAUAUAGUAUACAUAUAUAUAUGUAUAUAUUAUAUAUAAUAUAAUAUACAUAUAUAUUAUAUAUAUUAUAAUAUAUAUAAUAAAAUUAAAUUAUGUAAUAUGUAUAUAUAUAUAUUAUAUAUAUUAUAUAUAUAUAUAUAUAUAUAUAUAUAUAAAUGAUAUUAUCGGUACAAAUGCGAUUUCGCUAAGUUUAUAUUAUCGCGUUAGCUAUUUGUAAUUUUAAAACGACACUUAUGGUCCAAUGAUUAUAUUAUGUAAAACACGUAUAAAGAAAAAAAGAAAAGAAAAGAAAAAAAAAAAACUAGUCAUCGUGAACGAUAAAAGUUUUUCAAUCACGACAUUAGAUAAUGAAUUAUUGUCGAUAGUUUAAUUAAUAGAUCCCAUUUUUAUUAUUUACUUUCUGUCGAUGUUCGGAUUAUGCAGGUACAAAGAAAAUGGAAAGAUAAGUUAUCAAGAAAAAAAAAAAGAAAAAAAUAGAAAAAAAAAAUACCAUGACCCUCCUCUUUACCAACAAACUUCUCUUCGUUCAAAAUCACAUGCGAUAAAUAAUUCGCCAUUCGUUCGUCGUCGUUCUUUCUUUUUUAUUUUAUUCGUCUUCCUUUUUUUUUCUCACGAAUAGUAGAUUACGACAAGAAAAAGUUCGCGAGAUUCGUCCUUUAUUCUUUUUUCUCUCUUUAAUUUUAUCUCUAUUUAUUAAUUUUUUUUCUUUUCUUUAAAAAAUGAGUGAAAGGACGAUGAAAAAAAGGGAUAAUGAAAAAAAGGAAGGGAUUUAAAUUUCGUUUUAUUAAAAAAUUACGACGCGCUUCGUUUUUUUAUUCGUUAAAAGAAACGUCCUCGAGUGCUCUUUCUCUCUCUCUCUCUCUCUCUCUAACUCUUUCUUUCUCUCUCUCUCUCUCUCUUUCUCUCUCUCUCUCACUCUCUCUCUCCCUCUCUCUUUCUCUCUUUCUUAAUAUCCUAGAUUUGAAGCUUUUUUCAACGUCGUAAGGGGGAAAGAAAUACUUGUUUGUUAUUAUUACGUAUAAGAUAUUCUCGACAUGACGUAAGUCGACCGGUUUUAUCGCGUUGUUAUUAAAAACACAAAAGUUACGAUUACGAUAGUUAAAUAAACAAAUUAAAAAAGAAAAGAUAAGAAAAAAAAAUAUGUAACAGUUCGUGUGUUCGAGAAUGGUCCUCUCGGAAAGAUUGAUGUAAUAUUUUCGUCGUAUCGAAUUAUUAAAAACAUCUUUCCAGUAAUUUAAAUACAAAAGCGAAACGAAAGUUAAACGAAGAAGAAGAAGAAGAAGAAGAAGAAGAAGAAUAAGAAGAAGAAUAAGAAGAAGCACAUACAUACAUACAUAGAAAUCCUAAUCGCGAAUUUAGACGAAUUUCUCGCAUUUUUCUCUUAUUACGCAAUUUCAACGCAAAUUGUCCUGUAUAUACGUAUACAUACACACACGCAUAGAUAUACAUAUAUGUGUACUAUAUAUACAGGGUGAGAUAUCUUACAUAUUCGUAUAAAUUUGUAUAACUUUGAAAUUAUGAUGUACCAUAUGAAAAAUUUUGUUUGUGUUAAUAUUACGUUAACAUAACUCAUCGAUUCUUUUUUUAUUUAUUUAUUUAUCUUUAUUAAUACAAUGUUAAUAUUUUUUUUUUUUAAUUCUGAGUGAAAAUGUAUGAACCUUUAUCGAUCUUAAAUUCAAUUAAUAAAUGAAAAAAAUUAUUCGUUCAAUUUUUCAUUAAGAGUUUAAUGAAAGAUUUCAAUUGUCAUGAUUAUUAAUAUAUAUAUAUAUAUAUCAUCAUAAUAAAAAUUCAAUGUUAUUCAUAAUGUACACGUUAGAAGUUUCACCCUGUAUAUGUGAUACGAUUAAAUGAAUCGUACGAUUAAUUAAGAUAAAUGCAUCAUUAGUUCGUAUCGCGUAAGAUGGAAGAUUAUGGAGAAACAAAUAAAUUAGUAAAAGCGAAUUGUGUGAAAGCGAAAAAGAAGGGAGAUGUAGGUGGUGGUGUGCUUUCACGACAAAACCGUGUUGUGUAUUUCCAAGUUUUCAUAUAUUACAUAAAAUAUGUUUAUUAUACAUAUUUUCACUAUGCUCA